CCGGUACAGUUGGUUAUAAUAAUAAUUGUUUUUAUUAAACCAGUCGUGUUCUCGUGAUAAACGUGAGUCACUACAAUCUAAUCUAGCUAGCGGUUGCAGGGGAUGUUGAGCACGGUGUUCCCACUCGUGAUCUUGUACGGAUGCAUGACCGAGCGCCUUCAUCUGGGUGAGCCCAAUAAAACUAACGUGUAUCGUUAAUAUACCUAGGUUACUGCCUGGAGGUACUUGUGAUCCACAGCUGUUACACACAGAAGCCCGUAAAGCAUAAGCUUCUUCUAUUCCGUCCACAAUCACUUGAACCAUGUGAACCAUUUAUCAUUAGGUCGCUCAAGGUCGUGGAAAGCGGUAUGGUUGCCUCGAUUUUGGUAUUGCUUUUGUGCUGAGUGUUGUCUUUAUCUUCCUUUGGUAAAUGUACUUAACAUUUUAGACUAUGCCGUAUCUAAUGGAUGAAGAAGUUUCUAGCGAUGAAUCCAUCGAAUGUAAAGAUGUAGAGAUUGAUUACGAAAAUUUGUCCAAAAAUACUACAGGACCACCGAGUUAUGCAUCUCUAGCUCAGAAAGAUUCAGCAAAGAAACCGAAAAAUCCAGGUGAUUUACAUACGAGUAAAGGAAAGGUGUUGAAUUAUCUCCGGAUACCGAAAGCUGUUGAUUUCAUGUCUCCAGAUCUAACUGAAUAUGUUACAGAAACCCAAAGGGCAGGCCUAAUUGCACAACUUAAAGCUAAUAAAGACUAAUCCUACGAAAUUUCUUAAUUUUUUCUCACAACACAUGCUUAGCCUAAACAAUAGAUGUCUUAAAGUAUAUGUUAAAAAAUAGUACAUGUUGAAUAUAAAUCUGUCAAACCAUGUUUUUGUAUGUUCACGAAUAUUCGAUUAGAUGAUUCAGUAUUAAACAAUGAUGUUCCCUGUUUUUUCACCACCUAUGCGAAUUAUAAAUUCCCGAAUUUCUAGUUCUCGACUGGGUCCUUUUGGCACAAAAGUUUUCUUUAGAAUUGGGAGGCUGAUUUAUCCAUGCGUUCAGCUUUUUUUGUCAAAAUAUAAGAUAUCAGGACAUACCCUUUGCCAAUUUAUACCAUAUGGCCAUUGCUUUUCCUUGUCGUCUAUAUUCUAGUUGAAUUAUAAAUAGCUAUAUAAUACUGAACUCUUGUGACUUACAAUUUACGUUUCAGAGACUUUGAUGUAAAAUAUUGGUAGGUUUUUAUCACACGGCAAAAAAACUGAAAAAUCUCUUUACAUCUAUUCAUAUAUAUCCAUCCACGAUAUAAUGUUUCGUAUAAUAUGUCACCGGUAAAUGUCAUAUCAAAUAAGUUAAUGAUAUUAUUUUGAAGUAACCAUGAAAAACGUGAUGAUCAUUAGAAGACAUGAGGUUGAACGGUAUGAAAGGUAGCCUAUGCUCAGUGUGUUUCCAGCUAAAAAUCCAUAAAGUCACACACACUAGCAGAUGGUAAGGUUCAAGGGUUGAUUAGGAUCAAAGUCAUGAACUUAGCUUAAUUUUAUAUCUCUUUUAUGGAAUUCAGUUCAUUUUCUAGUUUUCAAAGUGUGUAAAAUGCAGCUUUGUUUAAACGUGCCCAGUUUUUUACAGCGAAAUUUGUAUCUUACUUGUCGAAAACAAGUUUAGGAAUUAUCCUCUUUUGGCACGAACCUGGCAGUUAAUUACACCCGGGCAGUAUCACAAUCCUCAUUCAAAUCAAUGAUAACUACGACUGGAAAAUUCCUCUUACCCCCAAAUGCCUUGGUACGGUCGAGGGUGGGGAGAGUCUGUCUCCUUUGCGAAAUGCUCUCACAUGGCCACGUGCAUACAAUCACUGCCAGGGAAGUCCUACUCACUGCCUUUUCGCGGUGGGCUGUUGUUUACGAAAUUGAGAGGACGAACAGCGAAUGCCCGGAGCUUUAGCCACCGGCU